UACAUAUACACAUCAUCAUACCAUAUAAUGAAACAUUCUUAAAUUAGCGAAACCCGCAUGAUACAGCGACUUGGUUAAUUAAUAAUCCUCAAUUAAACCAACGCAUAAAAUUCAUCAGAUUAUGCCAUUUUGGUAUAUAUACCUCAACAUCCUUGUCCCACAAAACACUAAAACCAAACUCAUAAUCAAAAACAUUCUAUAUAUGGCUUCAAGAAAACCAAAGGCCAAACCUGUUACUCGCCAAUCUGUGAGGCACCAGAGUCACAACCAUCCAUUGCGUGUCUUUAAAGCCAAAGAAGACGAUGAGACCGUUUGCUCUGGAUGCGAGCUCGAUCUUAUCGGGCAAGCUUUCAAGUGUACGAAGUCGGAAUGCGAUUACUUAUUACACAAGUCAUGUUUCGACCUACCUGGUGAGACCAAUCACAAGUCUCACCAGGACCACCCUUUGACCUUGCUUUAUUCCCCACCAGAUGGCCAAUCCGCCUACACCUGCGACGCAUGUGACCAAUACGGAUCUGGAUUCACUUACCAUUGCUCCAACUGCAAGUACAAUCUUCAUGUGGGAUGUGCGUUUCUCCCUGAGGCCAUAGAGCGUGAAGAUCAUGAGCAUCCACUCACUCUUCUUUAUUGCACACCGUGUAAGGGUCGUGAAGACACGACCUUCGUUUGCAGCGCUUGCGAAGAGACUAUUUCUGAAGAUCUCUGGGGGUAUUACUGCAUAGGAUGUGACUAUGGAACACAUGUGCAUUCAUGUGCGGCAUACGAAGAUCAAGAAUCAAGUGAGGAGGAAGAAGCAGAGGAAGAAGGAGAAGCCAGUUCUCCAGCUUCUAGGAUAAAGUCUUUGAUGAAGGCUCACACUACAAGAAAACACGCAGAUACUGAGGGACUUUUUCCUCAGUAAGUCGUCGGAAUAACCGUAUUCCGACGACAUACCGAGAAAAAAGGUCCUCGGAAAAAACUCCUCGAAAUUUCAUUUUCCCUCGAAAUUUCCUCGAAAUUUUCUGACGGAAUUUCGAGGAACAGUAUUCCGAGGAAAUUGUGAGGACGAGGAUUCGUCACAAAAGUCCUCAAAAUUUUCCUACGGACGUGGUCGUCGAAAUAUUCUGAGGGAACCCUUUCCUCAGAAUUUUCAAAAAAAUAAAUAAAAAAAAAUAUUAAUUUU